AUGCUGCUCGCGCAGACCGUGCCAGACCUGCUGCGGCUGUGGUACCAUGAGAACUGCAGGGUGUUUCAAGACCGGCUCAUCAAUGGCGAGGACCGUGACUGGUUUGAGAAUCUGCUGCGGGCGAAGAUGGACAGCGACUUCAGUACCGACUAUCAGGAUGUAGUUACAACGUCCCCCGUGCUUUAUGGUGAUUUCAUGAACACAACAGCAGAGAAGAAGAUCUACAAUGAAAUUGCAGACCACAAGAAG